AUGGGUCUGUCUCUUCAUUCCCAAUGGAGGUUCGCCGUCAGCAAUACGAAGAGUCUUUGCAGUCAAAGGAAGGAAUUUAACCUUAUGCUGGAUGAGUUUCUUGAACGCGUUGGAUACGACCGCGAGAAGCAUGAAGAUCCACAUCCAUUGGGUUGGCCACGUCCAGCGGGCAUCGGCGCAACCACUCUAGCAAUACAAGCCAAAAUGACUCAUACGUUUUGGCGAUACUUUUGUACUGAAGGAAAGAAUAAACUAAAUGAUUACAAUAACGCUCAUUGA